GUCGUUUCAGUUUCGUAAAGCAGUGUUUAAAAAGGCUCCCGUGUGUACACCACAUUUUUCUCACAGUCAUCAACUCAUUCAAACUACUUAACUGUUAUUCAAAGCAGCAGAUUUUACUUCAUCAGUGCUAUUACAAGGUAAGUUGUUUUAAACGUUAUGAGCUAUUAAAAAUUAUCUAUACAUUGGACUAAAGGGACUUGCGCCGAUUUACAUUAAAAUAUUUUUUUUUAAAAAUUCACAUCAAAGGUAGAUUCUUUUCUAAAAAUAUACCUUUUUUUUUUUUUUGCCGAUCCAAAGUAAAAGUAUUUUUUCAAAUCAUUAUUAUUGUGUAAUUAGUUAUAGCCCGCCAAUCAAUGUGAACUUCCCAUCUAAUAAAGUUAUUUGUAAAAAUAUGCUCAUUCACGUUAUGAACUUUGUAAGAAUCCCAUUUAGUGCUACCCCCUCGCCCAUGAACGCCAUCACCUACUUUUUUUUACGCCCCUGAACUAUAUUAUGAUAAUGUCACCUCUUAUUACAACCCCAAGAUUUAUCCUAUCAUAUCUAAAUUAAGACUAUUUCCUUAAAGCAAAAGAAAAUAGUACGCACCAAAGAAACUAGCGAUAUUUCUAGGAAUUUUAGCGCAGUUCAGGGAUUUGUUUUUUCCACACUGUUAAACUAAUCAUUACACCAUAUAUUCCUUCAUACGUUGAUAUUUGUAUUGAUUGGUGCUAAAUAAUUAAUGUAUUAGUUAUUGUAUUUGUAUAUUGUUUUGAAAUUAUUUUUUUUUAAUCUGAAAAAUAAUGAAUGAAACAAAAUGUUAAAUGUUCACAGGAAAAUGCCCCCCACAAAUCAGCCACACCAGAAUGGCGUUCAUGGCAGCAGGGAUUCUCAUGUCCCCAACGGUCGCCCUACGCCCAUGGAAGUAGAGAAAGAGAACGGACUGACCAUCACAGCGUCACUAAGUGAAUCUUCUCGUUUUGCGAGGAGAAAUCAACCAGUCGGUUCAAGUGUAUGUGUUACCGUUAGUCCAAGGCCUGGGGAGCGACCAACUACACACACGGUUCUCAAACAAGGCAACGGAGAGCUGAAAGUUGUCGAGAAUAGGCCCCACGCUUCAAAUGUCCAGGCAGCCGUCAACAGACAAGCUGAAAUCCUGGGGACAAUUACAAUUGGUGAGACAACUGAUACUUUUGGAGGUGGGAGACCAGUCAUUCCCCAACAACCCUGCACUUUUCAAAUAUUUGUAAACAAUUUUGCUGACAGUAGAAACUAUACAUUUGAAGUACAGAAAAGUUAUAGAGUUGACAAGCUGAUGGACAUGAUUUUUGACAAGUUGCGCAUUACUAAGGAUCAGCAACAUUUGACCUAUGCUGGGAGAAACCUGGCGGCUCCAAUGACCCUUGAGCACUAUGGUAUCAAAAAGGACACUACCGUGUUUCUGACCGGUCGCCUCCGAGGUGGUUAGAAAAUAUUGAACAUAAAAUAAUUCAUCAAUGAGCCCUGGAAAUGUUACCACAUUGGAGGUGUUUAAAAAGUGUUUGUCUCAGCAGCAGCAGAAUGGCGCGGUAAAUGGACUGAAAUAUUUAGAAAGAAAGAAAAAGAAAUUGACGUGGACAUAAAAUACGUCUUUUUGUAUUGAAAUAAUUUGAAUGUAGAUUUGUAACUAAUAUGAUGGACGAUCCGAAGAACGUGACAUGUAUUACACAUUAAAAUGAAUUAAGAAUGUGAAGCUGUACUGUUAUUGUCAUGUAAUUUAGUUGCAAGAAUUGGGAUCGUGUUCCAACAAUAGAAACGACUCUGAUGAGACACUCUGCAGUAAGGUCAGUAGCUUCUGGUGCCACAAUAUGCCAUGACAGAACAUUCAUCUUAAGUUCAUCAAUUUGAUGAAUAGCAAAAUUUUAACAUAUACAUUGUUUUGCUCUAAUUUGAAGUGGAGUGAGCUUUACACAAACUUAAAGACGUAUCCACAUAAAAAUGAGAAGGGGACGGAGAGUACGCUAAUUGAACAAGAAAGCAAACAAAAUAUGUUCUCCACCUUUUAAUGAUAUUUUAAAUAUCAAAGAGACGUGUCUGUGUGUGUGUGUGUGUGUCUGUGUGUGUCCAACCCUCCAAACCCUUACUUGAAUGCCCCCAUCACGACACUUGAACAUUUGAUACUUUGUAAGCUUUAUUGAGGGCAACACGAAAAUGGCAGGAGUUCGUUUUGUUUUUAUACAAAUUGUAUAUUAUUAUUAUUAAACUCUAGACUUAUGUAUAUUAUUACUCGGCCUGUUUGUUUUGAUUUUAUUUCUAGAAAAUUUACUUAAUUUAUAUACCAGGACUAUUUUAUUUUUAAAACAAUUUUUUUAAAGUUUUAUUUAUUUAUUUUUUGUAUAUAUUGUUUUGUAAUAACUUCAUUUCUUUUUAAAAUUACUUUGUAUUCAUUUGACCAUUAAUAAAAAAAAAAAAAUUCUAAUCUAAGCAAAAACUUGUCUUUACAAAAAUUGAUAUUGCUUUAGAUCAGCUUCAAGCAUGAGAAUAUUAUUUAGUAGGUCAAGCGUAUCUUUGGGUCACUAGACCACGCCUCUUUUCAAAUAAAUAUCAAAACAAUUUUA